AUGGCUGCAACACAAAAGCGAAGGUUGGCUUUUGCCACGGCUCCUACUAUCAUCAGAGCUAAUCAGAAAGACUCGUAUUAUGAAAAGGUCGUUCUAUUAAAGCAAGUAACAGAUGCAAUUAGUGUUUUGAAAGGUUCGGCAUUCACACACACACAUUCUCAAGCAAUUGAGCGUCUGGUAAAGUUUUUAUAUCUCGGUGUAACAACAUUAGUUGGGGCACGGACCUUAGGUGAAGAGUAUGUGGAUUUGCAUUACGUCAGUAGAGAUGGACGUCGUCUUCCCAACCUUAUACGCAGAUUAGCAUUCGUCCUAUCAUAUGUUGGAGGUCCGGUUCUUCUCAAGUGGUUUUUUGCCAAGUUGGUUCAGCUCACAGAAAUUAGAAGUUCCGAAUCCAAGGGAAAGCAUGAAGGUAUUGGUCAUUUACAAGCAAUGAAGCAGAAGCUAUUGGUAUCAGCCAAUAAAACUGUUAGAUGCCUUGAAAAAGUAGACUGGGGUGAUAUGUUGAAUCUUCACCUUGCACUAUUCUAUUUCUCCGGAAAGUAUUAUCAGUUUUCGAAGAGAUUCUUUGGUCUAAGAUAUGCUUUGGGUUAUCGAAUUGAUCCCAGAUCUAGGCAAGCUAAAGGAAACUACGAACUUUUGGGAUUGCUUAUAAUGACACAGUUGGCAAUAAAAUAUUGGUUAAAGCUAGGUGGGCUUAUAAAAGAUGCGGAAACUGAUGGAGGUAAUCAUGAUCAUGAUGUCGAAAGGGGUGAUUUUAUAACCAAGAUUCCUGAAGCUUUGCCGGACGAUGAUAGUGACGUCUUGAUUAAUUUGUCGAACCCAAAGAAGCUUCCAUAUAUUAAAGGAUCCUCCAGAAACUGUAUGCUCUGUCUUUCACCAAUGAAAGAUCCUGCAUGUGCACCAUGCGGGCAUCUUUUCUGCUGGAAGUGCAUCUUUGAUUGGUGUAAAGAGAGGGAGGAAUGUCCGUUAUGUCGAUCUUCCCUUAAGGAAGCACAACUAUUACCCCUAAGAUAG